UUGUUAUUUAUUUAUUUAUUUAGGAUGUAUAAAUAAUUAAUUAAAAAUUCUUUAAGAUUAUUAACAAAAAAUAACACAUAUUACUAAUUUAGUUCAUUUAAAAUGGCUGACUAAAAGCACGAUUAAGUUGUUGACCAAGUCCACAAGAAGCUCAAGCCCAAUGAGUUGAUCACCACCGUUAAUACUGAUAAGGCACCCAAAGCAGUUGGUCCUUACACCUAAGGAAAGAUAGUUGCUGCCGGAGCUAGAUUAUUCUACGCUUCUGGUCAAAUUGCUAUUAACCCUGAAACUAACACUUUUGAUGAGACCUCCUGCGUUGUUUCUCAAACUGAAUAGGUUUUGAAAAACUUAACUGCCGUUUUACACGAAGCUGGUACUGAUUUGGAAUACGUUGUUAAGGUCAACAUCUUCUUGGAUGAUAUGGAUAAUUUUGCUAAAGUUAAUGAAGUUUAUGGCAAGUAUUUCACUGGUGAUAACAAACCAGCUAGAGCAUGUGUUGCUGUCAAGACUCUCCCUAAGAAUGCUAAGGUUGAAAUCGAAUGUGUUGCUGUUGUCCCAUGAGGUCAGUUAAAAUAAAUGAAUUCAUACAUACAUAAUAGAUUUAAUUAAUCAAUUACUUGUUUUUUAUUAAGUAAUAUUUUAACAAAAUUAUUUCUGUUAAUAUGCUUUUUUAAAAACACUUUUGUCUAUAGAUGAUUUAUUUAUUUAUUUAUUUUAGUAAUUAAAAAAUUUCAAUUUUUUAGUACAACUAAUAGUU